CCCCCACCUCCACCUCCACCUCCACCUUCACUUCUUCUUCUCUUCUUUCAGUGAUUUCAGUUUAAAUACAUUCUUGUUAUUAUUCCUAAAUAAAUAACGCAAAUAAUCCUUAGUAGUACUGUGCAGAACCUUUAAUGUUCUUCCAGUGGGACGAAUAGAAAAAUCCUUGGUGAUGAGGCUUAUUAUUUAUUUAUUUGUAGUUAUUCUUAAAUCUUUUUAAAGUCAUAGACGUGUAGUACACUGUGUGUAUAUACCCUUAUAUAUAUCUAUAAUAUAUUAUAACCCUUUUGUGAAAGGGAAGCCUUUAGAUAUAGGGAUCCCCUAGAUAGACAAACCAAAUAAUACAGUAUUUAGUAUUGGAUACGUUUUCUUUUUUUUUUUUAUAUAAAGCUAUUUUGUACUUUUAGACGCUUUACUUUUUGAAAGAAGGACAAAGGAUGCUUUAGGGUGCUUGAUGGAGCGUGGAACAAAGCCGUGAACGUGCUGUCUCGCAGGAGUUUUCGGCUUUGAGAGUACAUUUAUUUUAACCAUCAUGCAGCUCUGAAAUCCAGCGGAAGCACAUAAACCCGCCGGUUUUAAUGCUUUAACUACGUCUCUAUACCUGUUUUAAACUGAUGAUGGCUGAUCUUGCGCCGGCGCCACCGUUUACGACUGCGGCGUUACGCGUCCCCUAGGUAUCAGGCACCAUGCUGCUAUGUUAAUGGUUCAGUACGCUAGAGGGAAUGUAUGCAUGCCGAUGACCCACGGCGGUGCGAGGAGGCGUGUAUGCCGACGAUGCGAAGAACGUCCGGUCGAUGAUAUAUGCGUUACAGUUCCUAGAAAUGUUGUAGGUUCCUACUGUUAAACAAUUCUGGACGCGUUGGGGCGGGUUAGCGUUUGAUGGCGUGUGUUCAUGGCGUUUUAGUAUUUUUGCAUGGAAUUCAGUUAAGAGAUGUAUCUGGCGAGAAUCCUUCUCUUGUGCUCGUCUUGACAUAUGAAAACAUUCGAGUUUAUAUACAAGUCUAGCCCAGAGAAGGGGAUGCCUCGGUUCUUGUUUCUGCAUCUGCUCACUGGACGGAGUAGAAAGUAGGAGGAGCUCCACUGCUGCUGCAGCAUGCACUAGAAGGGAGGGAGGAAGCGAGGGAGCGCGAAUACAUCAGUGCUAUAGAGAGAACGAGGGAGGGAGGGAAACACGGAGAGAGAGAGAGAGAGAGAGAGAGAAUAAGAGGAAGGGAGGGAGGGAGUGAGGGAAGUGAGGCUGGCUGUGCUCUCUGCACCGCACCACUCUCUCCCUCAUUACCAUUCCAGACACUGCCUUCUCUGAGGAGAACCCUUCGCUCUGUUUGAAACGCCAAUCACCGCUGGCUGUCCUUUCAUCCUCGAUCACACGCACCGAAAGCACGGGCGAGCGGGAGCCCCGCAGAUGCCGAGAGGAUUUCCCGCGCUUCUCCAUCCGACCAAAGUUGCUCUGAAAAAGAAGAAUGCACUCGGAUACGGCUGUUUAGGAUUGCAGGAUCUUGACGACUAGACGUUUUUUUCCGUCUGUGAUCUCACCAGCAGACUAAUCAGUGCUAAGAGGACAGAUGGGCAUCCUUUAAUCAGAGUGGUAAGGACUUUACUUCCUCUUCCCUUUUUAUUAUCCACUUUGGCCGUGGCAUCGGUCCGUCCUGCUCCGUCACAGCUGCACCUCUACUGGAAAAGGCAAGAACCGGACCGAGGAACUGAAGGGUGAAGGUGGGGACGUUAGUGCUGGUACGUCCUGUGUGGUCACGAAUUGGAUGAUACGGUCGGAUCGUACGAACUGCCCUUCUUGCACGGUGUGAACCGUCGUACCCUGGAUGUAGACUUUCUGUAAACCUGUAUAUAAAAGGAUUCCUGUAGACUCAUGUUCCUGCUGAGAUGGCAGACAUCAGGCACAGGCAUGUCUUUCCCAUCCGCUGGGGUCAGCAGCAGUCUGGGCAAUAUCUGCUGAGUUAGGCCCCCCCCUGAGGAAACCUUCCUCCAUCCUCGUGUGCCCACACACUCCUUUAACAAGAUGAACACAACUGAGCUGAACCAGAGUGCUGUGACCUUCUGCCUCCUGGACAUUAGUUACUCCCAGAUCUUCAACACGUGCCUACUGGAAGUCAUCGUUAUCCUCUUUCUCACCGUGCUCAUUAUCUGCGGUAACUUAGUCGUCAUCUUUGUAUUUCACUGCGCACCUCUACUCAGCCACCAUACCACCAGCUCUUUCAUCCAGACAAUGGCCUACGCUGACCUGCUGGUGGGAGUGAGCUGCCUCAUCCCGUCCCUGUCUUUACUACACCACCUGAAAGGGCUGGACGAGGAACUUACCUGCAAGGUGUUUGGUUACAUGGUGUGUGUGCUGAAGAGCGUCUCCAUGGCCUCGUUGGCGUGUGUUAGCGUGGACCGUUACGUGGCCAUUACGCGGCCGCUGUCCUAUGCGGCCUUGGUGACCCCGUGCCGUCUCCGUGCUUGCAUCGCACUCAUCUGGCUCUACUCCUGUCUAAUCUUCCUGCCGUCCUUCUUUGGCUGGGGCAAGCCUGGGUAUCAUGGAGACGUUGUCAAGUGGUGCUCAUCGUCCUGGGCCACCCAGCCACUCUUCACUGCCUUCAUUGUGGCAGCGCUGUACGCGCCUGCAGCCCUCACUGUGUGCUUCACGUACGCCCAUAUUUUCCGGAUAUGCCGUCAGCACACCCGACAGAUCAGCGAGCGCCGGGCGCGGUUCGGCCCGCAGGAAACCGAGCCGGGAGAACCACCCGGACCUGACAAGCGUUACGCCACCGUGCUGUUCCGCAUCACCAGCGUGUUCUACCUGCUGUGGCUACCGUACAUCAUCUACUUCCUGCUAGAGAGCGCUGGAAUAUACCGCCAUCCCGCAGCCUCCUUUUUGACCACGUGGCUAGCGAUCAGCAACAGUUUCUGCAACUGCCUCAUCUACAGCUUGUCGAACAGCGCCUUCCGGAAAGGCCUCAAGCGCCUCUGUCUGAUCUGCAUAAAACGCACAGACACCAAGAAACCCCCGGGAGUGCCACCAGCUCCUCCUCGCCCGGCCUGUCACGUGUAGUGCCCAGUACGGACUGUACUGAGAGUGUCGCGUAUUGUGUCUCGCCAGCUUGUCUCGGUCGGUGGAAACAGGCCUGUUUUGGCAUCUGGGUGGCGUUCCCAGGUCUUUGUCCCAGAGAGUCUGGUUGUCUUCGUGACAAAUCUUCGAGGCAAAGGAGUCACCUUUCACCCCGACUGUCAAUGUUGAAGGGGCUGUUAGGGCUGCUGUUUUGUGCAGCAUUGAAUAACUAUUCUUUAUGCAAAACGUGAAAAAAAAUUAUAUCAAUAAUAAUAAAAAAGAAACCCUUGUUUUGCAAACUAAAUGCUUAUG